AUGCCAGAGCGCGUGGCUAUACCCUCCAGUCCCAUUGCUACCGACUCCGAGACGCGCAUUCUGCAGGCCUUGCCGCUAAAUGGCAUCACUAUUCCAGCAACUCCAGAGCAACACAUGCUUGCGGUGACAUACCAGAACAUUGUCCUCAACAAAUUCAAAGAUGACUCGUCAAAGGCUGCCGUGAAGGGUCAGGCCGAGCAGGCUGUGAUGUUCGUUGACAAAAUUGCCGGUUUAAGAGCCAUGCACCAGGAGAUAGAUGGUGUGGUGACGCGACAGUUUGAGCAGCAUGCGGUGGAGGCUGUAGACGGUGUGGCUGACAGAGUGUUCCAGAAGAUUAGCCAACAGCUACAGGUCAUUAUCGAAACAAUGGGCACAAACAAUACGAGUCUCAAUGAACGCAUAACAACGCUGGAUGAGGACAUUGGCAAACGCUUCGACAACUUCGACAACCGCAUCAAAACGCUGCAGGAGGACGUUGACGGCCGGUUCAAAACACUCCAGGAGGACGUUGACGGCCGCUUCCAAACACUCCAGCAGAACGUUGACGGCCGCUUCCAAACACUCCAGCAGAACGUUGACGACCGCUUCCAAACACUCCAGCAGAACGUUGACGGCCGCUUCCAAACACUCCAGCAGAACGUUGACGGCCGCUUCCAAACACUCCAGCAGAACGUUGACGGCCGCUUCCAAACAAUCCAGCAGAACAUGGAUGCCCACGUUCAGACACUCGGCCAGAGGAUUGAUCAUCUGCAAGUGUCCAUCAUGCGUCUGGAUGCUCGUGUUGCCAAUACUAUUGCAGGGCGGAGCUCUGUGCAGAUGCAGCUGGUCCCGAUUGGUGAUGACUUGGGCCAAACUGCACCUCAGGGGCACCAGCCACUCACUAAUCGCAAUCAGAUUGAGAACAUGACUGCGUCCGACCUUACGCUUUGGCUCAACCACUAUCACAUCACUGUUCCCCAUGGCGUUGUAGAUCGUCGCCGAGCCCUCCAACAGUUCUACGGAAUGGUGUGA